AUGACAGGCGACUCCCGAACUCCCCCUCGACCGGAGAAGACUCGUUCGCCAGAGCUGGACACCAGACGGAACAAGACAUCUUCUGCAGAUGCUGCCUCUGUCCAAACACCUAUUCCAGCUUCAGUCUUCUAUGGGUCGAGCAACGGCGGGCAGGGAUCGUCGCAUACAGGGUACAUUGCUCCUACGCCCUCGCCUUUCCGUGAGCCACAGCUCGUCCAGGACGAGCCCAUACCCGACCUGAUCACUCCAGGCGAUCAGUGGGCAAAGCCCACCUCUAACUCGGACUGGCCAGAUGCAUCCGCGACGCACUGGGAUACCGCAUGGGCGGGAAGUGACAUCUGGGACAACUCGCUGACGACAUUCAAAGUCGCUAUCGAUGGUCGCAGCGAGGACGAGGAGCUCAACUGGGCGGAUACCGCCCUCCGUGAAAGGUGCCACAGGCCAGGACCGGGUAUCCUCCCGCCCUUGCUUGCAGAUAGGAUGCAUGACCCGAGCCAUGUGCUAUACUCGGUCAACGUUCAGCCGCAACCGGUCGUGAACAACCUCUCGCCAACGGCAGAAGAGGCGCGUACGGCCAUCCCACAUCCUAAUGCUUACUACUGCCAGGAGCACAAUGGUUGGGUGCUCGUUAUUUGGCGAUCGUCGUCCGUUGUCCCCAAGCUGACGCAGGACUAUGACCUGCCGGACCUUGCACGGCGGAAGCGCACGACCUCCUGUGUCGGCGACGGCGAGCAGCCAUUUGGGCAAGCGAACGUGACGCACCAUUGGCACUGCUACGAGAGGGCAAUCGACGCGCGCACGCUAAACCCGCCGUUCAUGCGAGACGACACAAUGCUGGAUCUCUACUUGUGCUGCCAGUGUUCGAUGUACUGUCUUGUGUCGGACAUCAUCCCCGGGGUGGUCCCUGUUGAUUUGGUUGACAAGCUGACGCGACAGAAGCUUUCACACCCACCACCAGACAAGACGCCCAAGGCGUCCGUCCUGUCUGCUUGGGAGACGAUACUUUCGAUCAUUGAGAAUCGGCUGUGGAAGGACGAGCGUCGAUUGCUAAUGGUAUCUGGAGCGAGGUUUCAGCAGAAGGUCGGGUGGAACAGCACGUUGCGCAAGAUAUUCGACAUACUCAUGUUCCAUACGGCGCCGAUGGGUGAGGACAAGGAGCGCGGCUUAGCGCUGCAGCCUCCAGAGAUUGAUCCAACGACGGUGGAGGGUAAGCAGGUGCGGACAACGCUGUUGCGCGCGUGGGCAGAGAUAAGCGCGUGGUUGAUGAUAUACCAAAAGUCGAACGACCCUUCGGGAGAAUAUCAUCCGCGAGACCUGCAUGUGCAAGUAUCGGAUGCGCAGACAAUGUGUCUGACUGGGAUCGGUGCACACAGCAGUCAGCUUGCGCGCGGCAUGCUUCCAGAUAGUCUCGUCGGCGUGGAAGAUUUGGACAGCCACUGGCGCGUACUGGAGUUACUCGCAUUUGCGUACUUUGCACAGUGCCGCUGUAACCCGGCAAAUACGCCGACAUAUUUCUCUAGCUUUUACUUCCUUGUACAAGCACUGUAUAAUGGUGGCGAGAGCGCCUCAGAUCUACAGCAGCAGGUCGUGGAAGAACGUGGGCGAGGUCGGUACACGAACGCCGACCUUCAACAGGCUGCCGUGAUGCUCGGUUUCGGCAAGGACGGCGAGCUAGGGGUCGAGUUUGAUCGGGAUGUUGACGACAAGUUUGUGCUGGAGGCAUGGCGGAAUGCACGACGGCGAGCGUGGCGUGACAUCGAGAGAGGAAGCGAGAUGCGCCUGGAGCUCAACGAUGCUCUGCGGUGGAUUGCAGACGAUCGAGGGAGCGUAGUGCUGAAGAAGGCAUGGGAGGAGGAGCGGGGUACAGGAAUGACAAUUGAGGCGGCCUAUUCAACUUUAGAGGUGCCCAAAGACGUCGAUGAGUCCAUGCUGUUGACUAUAUUUCUCAUGCGGAUUACGGACCAGCCGAGCCAGCUGGACAAGAUGCGAGAGGCCAUGACCGUCAUCGCGGAGACGACCGAUAGUGAGAGAUUGCGCCAAUUCCUUGUCACUGGUCAGGAUCCCGGUGAUGCCACGCAAGUGAACAACGCAGAUAUGCCGCGUGGGUUGAAUCAACUAGGCAACACAUGUUACCUAAACUCAUUGCUGCAGUACUUCUAUACCAUCAAAGACCUGCGUGCUGCAAUCACACCUUUUGCUAACUCAAGCGUUAAGGACCUUGAUGACAGCAAGUUUACUGACGACGAUCUCAAGCGGCAUCGUGUCGGUGGGAGACUGGUCACGCGAAGAGAGAUUCUGCGUUCCAAGAAGUUCGUCAACCAACUUGCGGACCUCUUUUGGAAUCUGGAAUAUUGUGAUGUUCCUGCUGUAACGCCUACCAUUGAUCUGGCGAAGCUUGCUCUUGUUACGUCACAAGAUGAGGAAGAAGAUGACAUGGACAGACCAGGUACCGACGCGUCCAAUGAUACAGAUGCUACUCUCGUAGACGAUGCUCCCCCCCGCCCAGCAUAUGACCGUUCUUCUUCCUCCCCUGUCGACAGCCCAACAGGAAGUGUACUGGGAAAACGAACUCGCGACGGCGAUUCGGCCAUGGACGUAGACAGCCCAUCAGCAUUGCAAGAUACCGAUACCACUGCGCAAUUCGAACCAGAGACAGCUUCACCUGUGUCAGAUAUUCCGCCUCAAAGUCGAUCUGAACAGUCAAUCGCGUCAUCGUCAAAAAUGAAGUCGCCUAGUCGAGAUAGUGAUAUUGAGAUCGCUGAUCCCGACUCACGAGGUGUUCAGUCGGAUUCAAAGCCGCCACCACUACCAUCGCGAAAACCCCGACAGACGGAUGAUUCGGUAAUGAUGUUUGGUAAACAACACGACGUAUCCGAGUGUAUGGACAACUGUAUAUUUCAAAUUGAGACGGCACUGCUUGACUUCCAAGAAAUCGCCGGUGCUGAUGAUGACAAGACGAGUGUAGUCAAGAGACUCUUUUAUGGCAAAAAGCGACAACGUCUGACUCCAUUAGAAUCAUACGACGAUACAAGGCAUAAAUCGUCGACCCAUGAGAAAGAAGACUUGUUCUCUCACCUCCAUGUGAAUGUGUCCGAUGAGGGAUUCGAUCUAUACGACGGAUUGGCCAGAUAUUUCGACGACGUUGUUGAAGUGCAGGGAUCCAAGAAGCGAAUGGAGGUGUCGCUGGUUGACCUGCCUCCUUUACUGCAGAUACAGCUACAGCGAGUGCAAUUCGACCGAGAAACCCAACAGGCAUACAAGUCCCAGGCAUAUAUCAAGUAUGGGGAUACGCUUUACGUGGAUCGGUUCCUCGAUAGUGCAAAUCCGGAGAAGAAAGCUCGUGCAAAGUCUAUACAGGCCGAGCUGAACGCAAGUCGUGACCGUAUACAGCGCUAUGCUCAAGACAAAGCACGUGCCUUUACUUUGUUUUAUUAUGCUCCCUUCCCGCCCGCCCUCAACGCCACAGCAGAAUUCCUCUCCAAGCAAAGCAUCCUUCCUCUUCCAGAGGUCACUGCUUCCCUGCUCUCUGAGCUGCGACGCGAGAGCGAUCACGUCACGCAGCUUCUAGAGAAAGAGCGGGAUACAGUGACCCGGCUGAAGGCGCAGAUCGAGGAUGUGUGGCAAAGCGAUAGGUCAGCGGCAUAUGAACUGACAUCGGUAUUCAUCCACCGUGGAUCGUCGCCAUCUUGGGGACACUACUUUUUCUACUCUCGCAACCUGCCGGAACACCCGGAGCAGUGGUUCAAGUACAACGAUUCGGAAGUGAGUGCCGUUACAAAAGAGGAGGUUUUCGCGGAUACGACAGGGUCUACCGCGAAUCCGUACAUGCUUGUGUUUGCGCGACGAGGCUCGGAAGCGAUAGAGACAGUACAUCGGUUCGAUCCAUCGAAGUUGCAAGAGAUGCAAGAAGACUGA